CGACUGGCGUCCGCAGCUCGAGCUCCGAUCUCGCGGCGCCUGCCACUUGCCGACCUCUCCGGCGGCUAUUAUGCCGGCGCCCCGGGGCCGCUCGCACCGCGCCGCGCGACUGCCGCACCCGCGCUGCGCCGCAGCUAAACCGACGACUACGAGCUCGCCCUCUCUCCCGUAACGUACGCGAUUACGCCUUUCACGUCUACAUCAAGGAAUGUAAAUAUUUAUGGAUGUCAGUUUUCAGUUGUUUAGAUUGGCUGUGAAAUUUAAGGUGAGAAUGAAAUCGACAAGGCGUGUUCGGGUACAUGAAGAUGCUAUUCGUCAUAGUGAGUGUAAGCGUGGCGGCGACCGGCUGGCGACGCCGCGGAUGUCGCUACUCGGCAAGCCCAUCAGUUACCGCGCCACGCGACGCGACGCGUGUUGCCGACGCUUUCAAUCAAAGUUCUACAAUUUCCUCGAACGGCCUAGGGGUUUCAAGGCCGUCCUUUAUCAUAUGAUUGUGUUCUUGAUGGUAUUCAUGUGUUUAUCGCUGUCAGUUUUCUCAACAAUAGAAGAAUACGAAGCAAAGGCUGGCAUCGUUCUGCUCUAUAUGGAGGCCGUUGUUGUUGUGUGGUUCGCGAUAGAGUUUUGUUUAAGGCUAUGGUCUUCGGGAUGUCGCUCUCGGUAUCAGGGAUUGAUGGGUCGCCUCAAAUUUUUGAGGCGACCCUUCUGUAUAAUAGAUGUUACCACAAUAAUAGCGUCAAUGGUGGUACUGGGCAUGGGUUCCUCGGGCCAAGUGUUUGCAGCAUCCGCACUGCGUGGCCUGCGAUUCUUCCAGAUCCUGAGGAUGGUCCGCAUGGACAGACGAGGCGGGACCUGGAAACUACUGGGAUCCGUUGUAUACGCACAUAGACAGGAAUUGAUAACGACCUUGUACAUUGGAUUCCUCGGCCUUAUUUUCGCGUCAUUUUUAGUUUAUUUAGCAGAAAAAGAUGUUGCUGAUACAAAAUUUAAAAAUUUUGCAGAAGCAUUAUGGUGGGGUGUUAUCACGCUGUGCACAGUUGGGUAUGGCGACAUGGUACCACAGACCUGGCAGGGCAAACUCAUUGCUUCAUUCUGUGCUUUAUUAGGGAUAUCGUUCUUCGCUCUUCCAGCUGGAAUACUUGGAUCUGGUUUCGCUCUCAAAGUUCAGCAACAACAAAGACAGAAGCACAUGAUCAGGCGACGUCAACCAGCUGCCACGCUCAUACAGGCCCUGUGGAGGUGCUACGCGGCGGAUGAACACUCAAUGAGUGUUGCCACCUGGAAAAUUCAUCAGAUACCCCUACCUAGUCCACAAAUAAGUCGGGUGAUGAGUGCAUCUUUCAAGAACAACGCUUCGUUUGUGUCGCGAUUGCCUACGAUACGACGACAUAAAAGCACUUCUCUGCAUUCCCCUGCACCGCAUUCAAAACCAGUAGUACAUCGGUACGAUGUCAACGCCAGUGCUGAAAACCUCGGGGCAACGAAUGGCCGCUCAGGGUGCAAUCGACACAAGCCAUCCUUCAGCGAGGAUUCGGUGGCCGAGACAGCGCUGUCCAAGAAGUCCGAUGACGAAGAUGAUGAGCCGCGCUGCGUGACAUUAACCCCCAGACAUAAGGCCGCCAUUCGUUUUAUAAGAAAGCUCAAGUAUUUUGUCGCACGCAAGAGAUUUAGAGAAGCUUUGAAACCCUACGACGUCAAAGACGUUAUUGAACAGUACUCCUCUGGACACGCCGAUCUCCUUAACCGAACCAAGAACCUACAGUACAGGUUAGAUCAAAUUCUCGGCAAGCAAGGUUCAAAAGCGAAAGAUGUCUAUGCGUCUAAAAUCAGCUUAGCUUCCAGGGUAGUUAAAAUAGAAAGACAAGUAGAUGAUAUAGAAAGCAAAUUGGACCAUUUAUUAGAAAUGUACGAGGAAGAUAGGCGUACUGCUAGAAGAAUAUGUGCGGAAGCAAAUAGUAAUGCAAAGGGCGGCGCCUCUGGUGAUAAAUAUGAAAAGCCACGACCGGCUAUCACAGAAAAACAAUGUUCAGAACCUAAUUCACCCCUGUCUAGAACAUUUGAACAACCUAUUCCAACAUCAGCACCUCCCAUAGCCCUUAAACGACCGAUGAAUAGAGGAUACUCAGAUUUAGGAACAAGGUUCAUGCGCAAAAAAGUGAUCGUCAAAACAUCCUCUACCAGAAAUGGGGAAUCUCCAAGAGAUGACGAAGUAGUUAUUGUAGUACCAACGGAUCGGGAAGAUACCCCUCCUAGGCUCAUCACAGAUAGUUCAGAAGUGUGCGCCAGCUGUUCCGUUGAGGUAGAGACGGAAGCUGAGGCGGGCGGCACUCGGUCCGGCAGCUCCGGGUCGCCUUCGUGGUGCGAGGGCGACGCGGGCGACGAACGCGGCUACGGCUCCGGAGACUCGCUCGCCGAAGACACCGCCCUGCUGGGAGAUGCCGUCCAGCCGGCUCACCAGCCGCGUUUACUCCGGCCUCAAAGAAGAGAUGUCGCUGUCGAUCUCCAUCUCCUUCGCCCCGAUGUAUGAAAGACGCUUUACGAUUAACCGGACAAAUGUAAGAGAAAACACUAAGUGCUCCUCAUUCUUAAACUCGCACAAUAAAGCAAUUCACUAAGUAAUUUUAGUUAGGUGCUUCUAGGUAAUACAUAGAUAGUGAAAGUGUUGUCCCCGGUUAAUUUUUAUAAUGAGUCUCAUGAAGUGCGUUUAUUAUGAAAUAAAAAUUGUGCAACGACAAAGUAUUACAAUAAUUUUAAGUAUAGAUAAUCAAUGUUAUUAAGUGAUGCCUGUAUUUAUAAAUGUAUAUAAUAAUUACCACUAUACGAUACGUAUAUCUUAAUAACGAGAAUAGUUAGUUAUUUAUUAAGAUCCUACUAGAACCUAUUUAUCGCAAUACCUACGCUUACUUAAUUACUUUAAGAUAGAUUUGAAGUUUUAAUUAUUUUAAUUAGGUACCUAAUUAAAGUUUUUAAUGUACGUAAGCAAUUAAAUCAGCAAUUGUUUUUAUUACUAUAACAGAUAUAGUUACUGGCAAAACGCACAAAAAAAUAAUUUUACAAAUCAAGCGUACCUGGUGUCCAUUUUGUCCUAUUUUUUAAUUUUGUUACAAGUGAUUAUUCAGUACUUAAUUUUUUCCAUUUAUUCAUUCUUAGAAUUGAGCUGUGAUAUUUAUUCUCAUUUUAACAGAGCUUAAUGUAAGUCAGAGUUUAAAAUUUAAAACUUCUUUAUCGUUGUCCGGGCCCUAUGGACGUAUUAUGUAGAAUAAGUUAUUCUUUCGCAUCUUAUGUAUUGUAGUUAUAUUGAAAGCAACACGCUUGGGCUUAUUUGAACACAGGCUAAAAAUUAAAAAUUUUUACCUAAUUAAAAUGUUUUAGAACAGUAUAUCUACAUACGUAUUAUAUGAAGUGCACCAUCCGAACAUACUCGUAAUUAAAUAGGAAUCUCCAUGCAUUUUAAUUUUAAUAGAAAGUCGUGAGGUUAGAUUACAAAAUAGUAUAUUUCUAAAAACUUUAAAAUAAUGUAGAUCUCUCUGCAUGGUUCCACGACACAAAGCAUUAAGCUAUCUAUUUGAUAUAAAUAAUAUCCACCGACAACACGUUUUCAUUUUCCUUGCAAUAAAAUAACAACAAAAACGUUACAAAUCAUAACCAUGUUACGCUAUAGAUCUGUUAUUUUAAAUUAAUCUUAUUUGACAAAAGCAAGAAAAAUUCUUAUUAAUGUAUGAUAAAUUCUAAUGUAGAUUGUAUAACGUAGCAAUCGUGGGACCAAGUUUAUCUAAUAUCUAUUCAAGAUAACAAAAUUUCGGUUUAUAACUUAAAAUUUAAUAAAUCUUUUUUGAUUUUGUUUCAUAGUCCCUAACGCUUGUAGCAGAGUAGGUACAUAAAUACUAAAAGACUUUUUUUAAUAAUUUGUUGUUUGUUGUAAUGUGUAAAUGUGAUGUUGUUAUUUUAUUGCAGAAAAUAAACAGACACAGAAAAUUCCUAUUCUUGAACCAAUUUUACAAUUUUUGGACACAUUUCUUAAUAUAAGCAGGGUAAAUAUUUGCCUGACAUUUCAAUAAAUGUAAGGGUAUGUUUGUAUAAGUCUUAAUAUAGAGCGCCUUGUUGCGGAACCAGAAUAUGUACACUGGUGUGGAAUAGAACAUUAUGGAAAUUAAGGCUUUUGCCUUAUUCUGCUAUGUAAGUGCUACUUUGGGACCUAGCUCUGCCUACAUUAUUAUUUUAUAAUUGACAACAGAUAAUAUAAAAAUAAUCGUUAUAGUAUUAGCAGUACAUAUUUAUAAAAUAUAUUAGUGUUAUCUGGUUGUAGUUAGUUGCAUCCGUUGUAUACUACCUA